GGGCUGUCACCAGCCAUUCCUUACUCAUAUUUGGCUCAGAAUAAAUCUCUUCAAACAUUUUACAGUUUGUCUCUUUUUGUCAAGGAAACUCAGAUGUAUCAAGGGUAGGAUGCAAACUUUGUGGUUUAAAAUAGAAUGAAAUUUCAAGUUGCAGUGAGCAGCUCUGAGGUAUGUUCAUGAACAGCACACAGAUGCAAAGCAAUCUGGUGCAGUCUCCCGGAGUUCAGGAGGUACCUUUUUAAGGCCAGCUCCUCCCGCUCCGACACUCCCAAACCAGCGACUCUAGUGCUUGUUCAACUGAAGCAAAGAAGGGCGCAGCUGUUCUUGGAUCCAGCAUUUCCCGGACAAGGGCUAAGAGUGAAAUUGACUUUGCUUGCGGCCCAGGGCAACGUUUAGGAAAGCAACCAAAGCCAGCAGGAGGCCAGAAAAAGCAGACAGACCCCUGACACUCCGCUGUGUAGUCGAGGCACAUCUAACCCCAGCGUGUUGAGCAACGAGUGUCCCCCGAGCUGUUCUCCAGAGUCGCUCCAACAGACAGACGCCAUUUCUGUUCCAGCCUACCCAGAAUGCCGCCUGCCGCCUGCGGGCGUUGCUUUAUGACGUCACCACGUGCUUCAGCGGGCCGGCGCGGGGGCUGCAACCGGGCUUAGCGGUGGGGAGGCUCGUGUUGUACUGUCCUUGCUCGCUUCCGGGUGGCCCUUCAUGUCUUCUACUCUAAGGUGUGCUGAGGGGAAAGGCGCAGGAAGUCUCUAGCCUGACACUAUGGAGGAAGAGAAUGGCGACAACUUCGACGGUGUGAGCACCGACCGCUUGAAACAGCAGUUGCUGGAAGAAAUCCGCAAGAAGGAUGCAGUACAACUCUCAGUGUUUGAACUAAGACACAGGAUAGCAGAACUGGAAGCCAAACUCAAUACUGACAAUGAAGGUAGUGAAUGGAAAACCCGUUAUGAGACACAACUUGAAUUAAAUGAUCAACUAGAAAAGCAAAUUGUUUCUCUCAAGGAGAAAAUAGAAAAAAUCCAUGGAAACUCUUCAGAUAGACUAUCUUCUAUUCGUGUCUAUGAACGAAUGCCAGUGGAAUCCUUAAACAUAUUACUUAAACAGCUAGAAAAAGAGAAGAGGACUCUUGAAAGUCAAGUGAAAUACUAUGCAUUUAAACUGGAACAAGAAUCAAAGGCUUACCACAGGAUCAACAAUGAACGCCGUACAUACCUAGCUGAAAUGUCUCAGGGUUCUAGCUUACAUCAAGUUUCUAAAAGGCAACAGAUGGAUCAACUGCCUAGGAUGCAAGAGAAUUUAGUGAAAACGAGCAGAUAUAAUCCAGCUAAUCAGAAGAUAGUGAGCGCCAAGAGAGGACCAGUAAAAAAGAUUACAAGAUCAAACCAUCUUCCAGAACUCUAUUCGUGAUUCCAGAACUGGGUGGAUUUCUAUUUCUUCCUUUUUUUCCCCCAUCUAUAAUAUUCAACUUGUGAAAUUAAUGGUCAGCACAUUUCUUCAGGGAAUAAAAUAAAUAAGAAAGAACAGCCAAAAUUUUCUUUAACUCAUCUUCCAGAAAUGUGUUCCUUUGUCUGCAUAAAAGUAAUUUUCUCCAGUGACCCUAAACUAACUCACAAGAAGUGCUUGUGAGUUUUAAAAUA